UUUCUUAUUGUUUUGUAUGAUCUGAUCUGAUACUACAGAGUUAGUUUCUGGGACGGCGGUGCUCUGAUCGCAAAAACUCUUACAUUUCAAGGUGAUAUCAUUUGAUUGGAUUCUGCCAAAAUGGAUAAUAACUGGAAUUUUAAAACCAUGGGGACUGGUCCGCGGGGAGCGAUGAGCAGACUACCGGUUAGUGCUCCUUUGAGCCAACAAGGAUCACUAUACUCAAGGACACUAGACCAGAUUCAGAACAACUUAGGAAAAGAUUAUGGGUCAAUGAACAUGGAAGAAUUGCUUAUGAGUAUAUAUAGUGCUGAAGGAACACAAGGCGUAGUUCCAACUAACGGUGUGAACGAGGGAUUACAGAGGCAAGGGUCAAUAACUCUGCCUAGAAUACUUAGCCAAAAGACUGUUGAUGAAGUUUGGAAAUAUAUCACAGAGGAAGAACAACACCCCAGCAAUGAUGGAGGAAGAACAAACAUUCCUCAGAUUCAGAAGCAGCCAACUUUAGGAGAUAUCACUCUGGAACAAUUUUUAACCCGUGCUGUGGCCAUUCAUCACCCAUCAUCGAUUUCGGGUAUUCCAAACACAAGUUUGAGUGUGGAGUUUCAGCAGAAACCAGUGGUUUCUGAUGUGCUGGGCAAUAUUAAUACUGUUCCAAGUAAUAUAAUUCAUGGUCCUUAUUUGAAUACAAAUGUGAAUGGGUCUACGUCUGGACAAGAACAAAAACAACAUAACCCGUUUCAACCGCAACAACCUAUCAUGUCGAAACCACAUGGUUAUGGUUAUGGAACACACGUCGCAUUUACGAGUGACCAGGUUAAUGCUCAUGGUAUAAGAGAUAGUUACAUGGAAACUGGAGACAAAAGUAACCAUGAAAAUAACGUAACUUUGGUCCAAAGCGUUGCACCAGCUCCUGGUGGAGCCAUGGGUGUAGAAGUAUGUUCUCAAAUUACGCCAUUUCCAGUAUUAGAUGGGAUACCGAAGAUUAAUGCUGGUUCAUCAAUAGUAUCACCGUUUACAUUCACCACUACUGUAAGUAAUAGCGUGAGGGAUAGGAACAGGAACAAUGGCAUUGCCGCGGAGAAGAAACUAGUGGAGAAAACACACAGGAGAAAGAUAAAGAACCGUGAAUCAGCAGCACGAUCACGAGCUCGAAAGAUGCUUCAAACUAUGGAGCUUGAAGCUGAAGCUGAAAAGUUAAGGAAAGAGAAUCAUGAGCUACUAAAAAACCAGGCAAAAAUUAUGUCGGAAAUGCAAACCAAACUGGGGAAAGAGAUAACUAACGGAUCCAGGAAACGGCUGAGGAGAACGAAAUCGAACAUUCAGUGAUCAGUAGUAGGGGUUCGAGGAUUAUACCUUAUAAAUUUGUGUGUUCUUCAUAUUAUGUUUCUGCUUAUUUAUGACCAAAUUAGCUACUAUUUAUAAGUCGCUGUGACAUUGUUUUUUUGGGUACCGUUAGACGAUCAUAUGAUUGUCAUGGUUUA